GUUUUUUUUUUCUUCUUUUUUUUUUCUUCCCACUUCUUUGAUUAUUGUUUGUAUUUGGGAAAGCUGACGAGCAUGGUCUUAAGCCUUUUCCUGAAUCAAGUUUUCCUAGCAUGCGAUGGUUCUCUAGACAAGGUGCUGUGUCUAGGAGUCCGCAGUAGCGGUGCUCGCUGCGAGCGGCUCCCAAGUCCAGCAAAAUGUGCAACUGGUUUUAUGGAAAAAGCGUUGUGAAGUAUGGUACCUAUUUUUUCCCGUUUGUAAAGAUAAGAAAGCAUGUUUCUAACUCUUUUUUACAUACUCUUUUUCCGGUUACAUUUUUGUGUAGGUGGGAUUUUCCAGCAGUGUCCACAAGUUUGUCGUCUUGCGAUUCGAUGCGCACCACUGAGCAAAAAUACAUUAAUUUUGCAUUUUUAUGACCUUUUUGGAAGACUGUGAGAAAUAUUUCGUUUUUUCCCCUCCCGUUUUUGAUAUCAGUUGAUAACAUGAAACUUUUCUUGCAGCUAGUUAAUGGGAUUAUUUUUAAGCAUAAGCUUUUUCCCCCUCCUUUACAUUAACUGCGACUUUUGCACAUUUGACUUUUUUAUUUAAAAAAAAAACGAGAUAAUUUUAUGAUAGAUAUCCUGAUAUCUAUAUCUAUAUUAUCCCUUCUUCCUCCUUCUCCCUUCCCCGUAAAUCAAUUUUCAAAUGAUGGCAGUGGAAGGUUUUUAUGGAAAUUAAAAAAAAAAAAAAAAAAGAAGUGCGGUUUGGUUUCCUUGUCAACGGAGGAUGAAGUGAACAGCACAACAGCUAGCAGAGAGCAGGAUUAAAACAAGGUGAACCAACCAUGACGGGCAAGACACAGACCAGCAACGUUACCAAUAAGAAUGACCCCAAGUCCAUCAACUCCAGGGUUUUCAUCGGCAACUUAAAUACAGCCAUCGUCAAGAAGGUCGACAUUGAAGCAAUUUUUUCAAAGUAUGGAAAAAUCGUCGGCUGCUCUGUUCACAAAGGGUACGCGUUUGUUCAGUACAUGAGUGAACGCCAUGCGAGAGCUGCUGUAGCUGGAGAAAAUGCCAGAGUCAUCGCGGGCCAGCCUCUUGAUAUUAACAUGGCAGGGGAACCCAAACCAUACAGACCAAAGCCUGGAAACAAGAGGCCCCUGUCUGCACUUUACAGGCUUGAAUCAAAGGAGCCAUUCCUGUCUGUUGGUGGUUAUGUCUUUGACUAUGAUUACUACAGAGAUGAUUUCUACAAUCGGUUGUUUGAUUACCAUGGGCGUGUACCUCCGCCUCCCCGAGCUGUCAUCCCACUUAAGCGUCCCAGAGUGGCAGUCACCACCACGCGCAGGGGAAAAGGAGUCUUUUCCAUGAAGGGGGGAUCCAGAUCUGCUGUUGGUGGGUCAUCUUCAUCAGGCUCUAAAUUGAAAUCAGAUGAGUUACAGACAAUCAAAAAAGAAUUGACCCAGAUCAAAACUAAAAUUGACUCCUUGCUAGGGCGCCUGGAGAAGAUCGAGAAGCAGCAAAACGCAGAAGCAGAAGCUCAGAAGAAGCAGUUGGAGGAGAGAAUAGAACUGAUACAAGAUGAAUGUGUGUCGGAGAACGCAGACCACUCCACAGAGGAGCCUGCUGAAGGAGGGCAAGAGGCGGAUGGAGGAGAGAUGACUGACGGGGUGGAGGAGGACUUCGACGAAGACGGGGGUCACGAGCUGUUUCUACAGAUAAAGUGAUCUGAAGUAGUGUACAAUAAUGCAAAAGAAGAAAAGAGAAACUGUGACAUGUGGAGAAAGGAGAGCAAGAUGGUUUCAUCAUAGAAGCAUCUCCGAUUCAGUUUAUGUAAAAUCCCCAGUUAUA